CAGCAGCGACGGUCCCGCCCCGUUACGCGGCGCUCAAAGCGCGGUAACGUUUGACUGCCUCCUUCGCAGCGCUUCCACGCCAGCUGCAGCCCGAGGCCGGCGCGAGGCGGCAGGAGCGGGCCGCGGGCAGCCGCAGAGCUCCGCAGCCGGAAGCGGCCGCCGUGACCUCCCGCUGGUGCUGCCGGGCACCCGGUUCCCGAGGUGGCGGCGGGAGGAGGAGGAGGAGCGGGAGGGGCACGGUCCCGGCGGGCCGCGCUGCCGUCACCGAGCCUGCCCCGCUGCGCUGCGCUCCGGCGGGAGGCUGUGCCGCGCCGAGCCGCGGCCGGGCCGCCUCGCUCCGUCUCGGCGUCCGCGGAAGGGAUGCGGCGGCGCGCACCAUGAGCUGGCUGUCCGGCUCCCGCGGCGUGGUGCUCACCGCCUACCACCCCAGCGGCGGCACCGGCGGCCGUCGUUCUGGCCAGUAUACAAUGAACCAUGAUGAUUCCAAGAGGAUUCCAGAUGGAGCGUCGUUUGAUCGCUCAGGUUCCCAGGACUCCUUGGAUGCAAUGUCUUUGGAUGAUUUUUGGAAGGAAGUUGAAAACAUCCAUGAAACCAGAGGAAAUAAUCAUGAGGAACGACAAGCAAUUGUACUAAAGGAGCCAGAUGAGGGAGAACUGGAAGAAGAAUGGCUGAAGGAGGCAGGUCUGUCCAACCUGUUUGCUGAGAGCACAGGUGAUUCCCAAGAAAGCAUGGUGUUCCUGUCCACACUGACCCGAACACAGAAGGCAGCAGUAGAAAAACGAGUAGAGACUGUCACACAGACCUUGAGGAAAAAGAACAAACACCACCAGAUUCCUGAUGUCAGAGAUAUCUUCAGGCCACAAAGUGACCCAAAGGGAAAGGUCUGUGAUAGAAGUGAACCCUCAGCUGUAAGAACAACUGAAAGCAAAAAUGAAAUGCAGGAUGAAACAAAAGAUCUAAAGUUCAGUCUUGGAACUAAUGAGCAGAAGAGCCCACUUGAAGACAUGCCAUUUUCAGAGACUGACAUUAAUUUGGAGAUACCGUUUGCAGAACAGGCAGCUAAUCUCAAAGACAACUCAGUAGGCAAAAUCUAUAAGGAUGGAGCGGGCGAUACUCUUCGCACGAAUUUUAGACUGCCAAAGGACAAAACAGGAACCACAAAGAUUGGUGACCUGGCCCCUCAGGACAUGAAGAAAGUCUAUUCCUUAGCACUGAUUGAAUUGACUGCUCUCUAUGACGUACUUGGGACAGAAUUCAAGCAACAAAAAGCUGCAAAAAUCAAAACCAAAGACUGUGGCUUGUUUGGUGUCCCACUGUCAGUUUUACUGGAACAGGAUCAGAAGAAGGUGCCAGGCACCAAGAUCCCACUGAUUUUUCAAAAGUUGAUUUCCCAGAUAGAAGAGGCAACUCUGGAAACAGAAGGACUUCUUAGAAUACCAGGAGUUGCAACAAGAGUAAAGAGCCUUUGCCAAGAACUAGAAGCAAAAUUUUAUGAAGGGACUUUCAACUGGGAAAAUGUAAAACAACAUGAUGCAGCAAGUCUUUUAAAACUCUUCAUCCGUGAACUGCCUCAACCUCUCCUAACUGUAGAAUAUCUCAAAGCUUUCCAAGAUGUACAGAAUCUUCCAAGGAAGAAACAGCAGCUGCAAGCUUUGAAUCUUUUGGUUAUCCUUCUACCUGAAGCAAACAGAGACACACUGAAGGUACUGCUCGAGUUCCUCCAAAGGGUAAUAGAUCAUCGAGAGAAAAACAAAAUGACACUAAACAAUGUUGCGAUGGUGAUGGCCCCAAACCUUUUCACAUUUCAAGGGCUUGGCUCAAAGAGUAUUGAACAGAGCGAGUUUGCUAUGGCAGCUGGAACAGCAAAUGUCAUGCGCUUUAUGAUUCAGUACCAAAAACUUCUCUGGACAAUUCCCAAGUUUAUUGUUAACCAAGUGAGAAAACAAAACACUGAAAACCAGAAGAAGGAGAAAAAGGACAAAGCUAUGAAGAAACUUCUGAAAAAGAUGGCUUAUGAUCGGGAAAAGCACGAGAAGCAGGACAAGGCUCCUAAUGAUGCUGAUGUUCCUCAGGGAGUGAUACGGGUGCAAGCACCUCAUCUUUCAAAAGUUUCCAUGGCAAUACAGCUGACAGAAGACCUGAAAGCCAGUGAUAUAGUAGCCAGAUUUCUCAGUGAGAAAAGUGGAAAUGUCCAAACACUCAAGAAAGAAGAGGUCUUCCUUUAUGAAAUAGGAGGAAAUAUUGGGGAACGCUGCCUUGAUGAUGAUACCUACAUGAAGGACCUCUACCAACUCAACCCAAAUGCUGAGUGGGUUAUAAAAUCUAAGCAGAGCUAAGCAAAUGGCAAAAGAACAAAUGAUGGACUUACUUUGUAAUGCUGAAUUUUUCAAAGGGGUAGUGUGUUCUUUCAACAUUCAGCUGUAUUAUAUUAAUAGAAACUUACCUAGUUUAAAAAAAAAGAAAGGCAAUGGAAACCCAACAGUGAUUACUAGUAAAUUUUCACUUUUACUUACAGCAAGAUACCAGAAAGAACUUUUCCCACUCAUUUGAUAUGAGAAUAAGUCAGUUAAACAUUUUAAUGGCACUAAUCUCCCUUGAUGAUACUCCCAUCUGGUAGGUCUGGUUUCAGAAGAAUUUAUUUUUCAAACAGAUGUUUAACCUCUUUAUGUUAGAGAUCUAAAAUCUGUUUGCAUAGAAGUGUGUGUUCACAUAGGUUCUCACAGUGGUAGGACACUGGAGAACCAAAUCCUGAUCAGCACUUCUGAAUGGUACAGUAUUAAAAAUACCUAAAACCGUUUCUCAAGUAAGUGUGAAAUUCGCAGGAAAAAACUGCAGUACAAUAUAUAUUUUGUCUUUGGAAGACCUAAUUUUGUUCACUUUCUAGGUAAACUUUGAUAGAAACUAUUUAAAAACAACUGUGAAAAUGCUUUCUAUGCAUCUUUUUGCUAGAUCUUUUUAAUAUUUUUAUUCUUAUUAUGGCUGAUUGUAUUCUUGAUACUAUUUUUUUUUUUUUUUUUAAGUAGGACAGUAUAACACAGUGAGUCAUUUUUAAAGCUCACCACUCUUGGCAGUGUCCUUUCUGAGAUAUUGUCACCACUAGAAAGAUGUCUGAGUUUUUCAGCAGUGAUACAUGGAUAUGUUGCAAAUGUUUAUUUCAGGGUUUUUGGACAUCUGAUAAAUUGCAGAGCAUUUUGUGAACUGCCAAAAUCUGCCAAUUAUGAGCACAAUAAAGACUUUCAGGGUGAAUAAAAUAACUGUGGAGAGAAACUGUAGGCUCAGUUUCACAGUAGCAAACUACCAAAUCUUUCACUCAAAAUCAGGGUAAAGGUCUGCUGUGGAGUGUACAUAGGCUCUUUGGUAUUACCUACCACCAGCUUUACAUCUGGUCUAUCCUGGAUGAGGUCAGAAUCAAGUUCUACCUUCCCUGAUAGAUGCUGUCCAAACCACUUGAAAAUUAAUAGUCCAGUGGUGAAUUAUUGCAAAUCCUCCUCUUGGCGGGGAAGAAAUGACUGAAUUCUCCCUGUGGAAUUCACUGAUACUGAAUUACAGACUAACAUGGCUCACUGCAGCACAAAGUGCUGUGACUGUGGCUUCAGAAUCCAGUCCCAUAGCAAUGCUUUGGGCUCACAAACCUGUGUACCACUUCACAGUUUAUUUGUAAACUAGCUCACCCCUGCUGUAGCGCAUACCUGUGUGCUGACCUGAAGUAACUACUGUGAAAUGAUAUCCUUGGAACUAAGCAUUUUCUUCUGAUGCACACAGAAUUACAUUGACCUCAUUAGGAAUGUCUAUAUACAAUCAAGAACUGCAUUUGAUUUUUUUUUUUUUUUUUUUUUUUUUUACUUGAUCAAAGCUGAUUAAAGGAAUCAGGGGCCUUUCUACUGAGCUUUGGAUUCAGGCCCUGGCUGUGUUAUUCCCAAAGAAACCACUGGAACUCUAUUUUAUAUACAAGCAGUGAAGUAGAAUUCUGACAGGUCAUGGACAAAUUUGGGCACCUUCUGAUUAGUUAUCCGCAGUGUAUGAACAAUUUGAGGGGUGUAAGUAUUCACUGUUUUUAAAAAGGCUCGGAGAGGAUGCAGUGAAGGAUUCUCCAGAGCAGGAUGAAGGAAAUUGGAGACUCCUGUAGCAGGUCUGCUCCCAAUGCUCUGCCUCUGUGAGUACCCCCAUGGUGUUGGACUAAGCCAUGGUAGCACUCCCCAUGAGACAAAUCACUUUGUCAAUAGAACAAAACUCACUUGCUGUUCUUUACAGGAUAGAGUAGAAAACCAGAUCAGUGCUUAAGCAAAAUAUUUAUUAAUCUAAUGUAAUACAUAGAAGGUGUUUUUGUCAUGUAAGGCAGAAAUGAUGUGUUGUAGUACAUAUAGUUCUGUAAGCGACUGCUCGCAACCGGGACGCCAGGUGUUGUUUGAAUCAGGAGCAAAGUGCAGAGGACGGGAACAGCUGCAUGGUUCUGGCAUAACAUUACAACCUGCUGGCUAUGAUCUUUUAAAUAACUUUGUUUCUGGUUUAGUGCCAUUAUCUUUUUUUUUUUUUUUUUAAUUUAAAAGGCUCUUUUAUAAUUAAAUGUCUUUUUUUUUUUUUUUUUUCUGAACGCUCUUCUCCUUUGAGUUAUUGUGUGAAAGCUUUCUGUGCACGUCGAACACAAAACGACACCGAGUGGGGGUUAUUUUUUCGAUUUCACACCGUGCGUCUUUGCGUGGAAAGAGACGUUGCUUAGCGGCACGCUCAGUUACACCGUCCUGCAGCCUGACGACAGGAGCGCUGCUGCUCAGCGCCUACCCGAGGCGGCACCAACGCCACCGUUCACUGAGGCCCCCGCCCCGCUCCGCCCGCUGACGGACGGCCGCACGGAACGCGGCCGGCCGCGGUGCUACGGCGCCCCCUCGCGGGCAGAGCUGGAUCCUACGCGGCUGUGAGCGGGCAGGCGUUGUCUUACGAGAGUGGGUGCGAAGCGCGUUCCCUGCUCUGGGUGGCGUUUCAGAUGCUUUUGUUUGAAUAUUAGGCGAAGAGGUGCCGCUGGCUGCCCGUUUCCCACUUCCCGGCCUUUCGUCGCCGGGUGGCUGGUGCCUCCUCCUUUCCCCCGCCUCCGCCGCUUCCGCCCGUAAUUCUCGCAUUCCCCUCCCACGGGAGAGCGCUGGAAGGGUGGCAUCUUCCAUCCCACCUUCGCCCUCCCUGAGCAGCGUGCAGGGCCCUCGGCUGCAGGCCAGCAGGGGGGGUUUCAUGGAGCUAGCGGGCAGAUGAGUGGGUCUGGGAUGUGCUCUGACCAUCGGGCAGCACUACUGUGCCAUGCAGGUGAUGGAGCGGGGCACGGGUUGACCAGAGACUGUGGAGCCUCUUCCUCGAAGAUCUUCAGAAGCCACCUGCUUCUGCUCUAGGAGUCCCUGCUUGGGUGGGUGUUGGAGCAGAUGGGCACACAGGUCCCUUUCCACCUCAGCCGUUCCGUGUUAAGCACUGGCAAAGCCUCCCGUGAGGCUGCUCUGAACUCAGGGCCUUAGGAGAUGCGCCCACUGAGGAGGAAAUGCUUUAGGAAGUCCUGCCUAAAACUUUUUGCAAUCCAUUACUUUUUUUUUGUCAAAUAUUCUUCCUAAAGUUACUGAAGCCGUUUAAUAAAAUGCUCUCUUUUACUAAGCGUUAAGAGUUAAUUUGUGGUAGAAAAGCAAUCUCGGUAGAAGAUUUGCUAAGUGAGUGAUUUCCUCUAAUGCACUUCAAUAUAUAUAAGAAUUGAAUGUCUGUAGCACUUCUCUUUCUAAAAAACUGCAGCCAUUCAAGAAGAAAACAAUGUGUAUGCACUAAUUUUACAGCAACGUUUACAAUAAUUACUUUUUACUAGGGUAAUGCUUGCAAGAUCUUCAAACCAUUGUUUCUGUUUGCAGAUGAAAAGGCAGGUAAGCACUUCUCAUCUCAAUUUAGCAGAUGGGAGAACUGUUCCUAGAUGGCUUGCCUGGGGCUGAAGGGGUGAAAUCAAUCUGAUUUGUAGAAACCAAAUAUAAUCCUCCAAAACUGUUUGAAAAAUCUGCCAUAUCACCAGUAACGGGACUUCAGCAAUCAUAAAUCUGACUUCAGGGGACAGUUUUAAUAAAUAUAAUACUGUGAGUUUUAGCCUGAUUUCCAAAGGAAAGUGUCUGGGGUAAUCUCGCUGCCAGUGUGUGUCUUCCCCUAAUUACUUCUGGAUCCGCUGGCAGACUUCAAUCAUUCUUGGCAGACAGAGUUGAGGGAGAGAACGUCUCAAAAAUAAUUAAGUUUCUAUGAGUUUCAUAAAAGGAGGCGACUGGAAGGAAGACAGAGGCAGAACAAGCCCUUUUGAUCAAAGGAAUGAUGACAGCAUAAAUUCUGCCUUUAUAUAGGCUCUGGAGAUACGGGGGCUGGCUUUUGUGGUGUAGCCUGUUCCUAACUUCUGGUUAGCACAAUUGAUCUCCCUUCCUGCCCUAUUGGGUUCAGCAACUCAGUAAGAACCCUCCCUGCUGAGCUACCUGCGAGGUGGGAAGCAGUAAACUUGUGCCCUCCUCUCACAGGUCUGUUGGGAGUCACCUUCUCCUGAACAAAGAUCAGACCUAAAAUUGGCUAGUAUCAAAUGGCAGUGUUCACGUAUGUGCGAGUGUUAAGCAGUAAUAGGAAUGCAACUUUCCACUCCAUUGCAUAGGUGCUAGCUCAAAAUCUCCACAGAUGUUACUUCUCUCCAGUUGCUCACUCUUGGGACAAUUGAAAGGAUUCUUCAUUCUUCCUGUGUCACCCUAUGACCAGUAAGUAGCAUUAAUUCAUGCUGAUAGCCAAAGUCUGUGUUUUUUUUACUGUUUGAGAAUCACAUCUCUUGAAAACACCUGGUUUCUGGCAUAGCUGUCUCAGCUCCUAUAACUGGAUGUUGAGUCACUGAAUCAGGCUGAAGGUAAGCCAGCUCUGGGUUCUUUCCCAUGGGAAUUCCUGUUUCCCCACAGCAUGAAGUCAUCAGAUGCCUCAAAGAUGCACAACUUCAGUGUACAGUUGUCUGGUGAAACGGUGAGGACAGACAGCUUUGCACAGUAGAAUUUCACAAGUAUACACAAGUUACUGGAGUAUCUGUUGCUAUUUAUCAAUGUGCAAACAUUUGACUUACUCCAAAUGACCGAGAGUAAAUGGGAGAAUAUGUAGUUGCUCCAAAAUGUUCAAGCAUCUGAUUCAGGCUCCAGACCCUGGGCUGCAUCCAAUCAAGACCUGGUUUCUUGCUCAGUCACUUCUUCCCCUAAUCUCUGACAUGAUAUUUGAUUGAAAGCCUGCCUUCUGAUUUUGGGUAUGUCUGAAAAUAAUAUCUAAUCUAAUAUAGUUGCCUUAAUUAUAUUCUAGUAUGCUCCUGCAGUGUGUGCUGUAAGUUACAAGGUAAAUGAGCUUCCAAGCCCUUCUUUUGGAUGCUCAUCCUCUGCUACGGUCUGUCAAAAACCAAACUUAUUUAUGAGUCUGGGUGAGCCUGAACAAAGGGUGUUUCUUUCAACAGGGACCACAGCCUGAGCAGGUGACACUGUGGGGAGCCAAACAUCCAUGAAGUACCAACUGAGAGUUGCUCAUCUCAGUAUUCCAGUCUGGCUCUUUUUCUUCUCGGCUGUCUCAUACAUAUUCAGUACACCAUUUUGCUUCUGUAGACUUUAAAGUCGUAGGAUGCAGCCAGGUGACAUCCUUCUGGAAUGCCGUUUUUAAAUGCUCGACCUUGAAAUAAGCUGUAUCUCAUGGGAGUAUGAGACAAGAGGUUUUAGAGCAACUUUCUGAAACCAUUCAAAUGCAGUCUUGGAGUCCUGGCAAAAAUCUGCACUGGUGCCUUCAAUGUGCCAUUCUGAACCAGAACAAGAUUUUCCUUUCACUGAGUUUAGCAAUGCAUUAGGAAACAAUUCUGGCAUGGUUAUGAGUUUGGACAUGGUUUUGCAAAAUGUUGGCCAGAAAACAUACCAUUGCAAAACCCUUUCCAGCCAUACAAUCUUUUCUACCAAGACAAAGUGCCUUUAUUUCUAUUACUUUGAAGAUCCCUCCGGGGAUGGUCUCCUGAUUUUGUCCCACUUCUGCUUGACUGGAUGGUAGAAGGAGAUAUGAGUGAAUUAUUGUGUAAAAAAAUAAAAUAAAUCUUACUGUUGAAAGUAUCGUUAAGAUAACCAACGAAGGGCCACUGUGCAAUCAUGAAAUGGAGUACUUCAGAAGAUUCUUGUUUAUUCCAGUUCCUUCUAAGUAGAGUAAACAAGACAGUCAGUUCUGUAGACCAAAUGUUGCUGUUAUCCCCGUGCAGAAUUGUUUCACCAAAGGUCUUCCAGGAAGAGCUGAAAGCAGAGGAUACUCAUGUCCUCAGCCAUCUUGAAGUGAGGAGAUGUUCUGUAGAUGGUGUGUGUGACUUGUUUGCUUGUUUGUUUGUUUUUCCUUCUCUUUAAAUUGGGUAUCUUUUCUCUUUAAAGGGAGUAGUGAAAACUGAGCAUAAUUAUAGACAACCACAAUGCACAACCACAGUGUGAAUGUUUUGAGGGUAUUUAUGAAAUACAUAUGGUUACUCUUAGUUUUUUUCCAGAGAAUCUCCUGAUUGCUUAAAUCUGCUUGGAUCAUUAUAAGAGAAAUUGAUUUAAUAAACAAACACUAGCUAAGCAAGUCUAAAACAUUGGUAAGGUUAAGAAAGAACUGAUUUUUCCUCCGAGGCACCUAUAAUGAUGGUAUAGUAUAAAUCCUAAAAACAUUUGUUUAGCUCUUGGAAAAAAAUAUGUUAGUGCAUAAAUAGUACAACUAAACUGCAUAUUGGUGUGCUGAUGAGGGCAGGACUGGUAUACCAGGCCUGUUUAUUAUGUUCUGUCUCACAAGUCUGUGUACUGCUGAGAUGUCGUCAGUCUUACAAAAUAAAUUCUUUUUUUUUUUUUUUUUUCUCCCUCUCCAGGGAUGAGGAGCUUCCUGCGGUGCACGCACACAUCAUUUAGCCAAUGGACAGGCAAUUGUAUCUAUGGCAGUCAUGCAGAUGCCAGGGAAAGCUCUCACCUCUGGAUAGACAUAGACUUAGCUAUUCAGCUAAGGAACACUUUAGUCUGCUCAGCUGGGCUCUGUUGAUUUCUAGCAUGUGGAUAGGUACAGAGUUGUCAUGGCAUACAAACUGCUGCUAAUCCCAACCUCUGCUUCUCUGACAGGGACGGGGUACAUUGCAGCUGCUGACACUUGUCUGGCCCAGCCUCAGCAGGGUCUUGAGAUGCCAGGAGAAUACCUGCUACUUGCCUCUAAGCUUUUUUUCCUUGCUGUAGUGCACAAGGUGUGUUUUGAGACUUCUGUUGUGAUUAGCAUUUCGGAUAUACUUUGUAGGGUUGGCAUUGUUGGUCUGCUCCUCUGCAUGGUUAUAGUAUGUAGUACAUGAUAAAGGGAGUUCAAGAGUGUCCAGAUCCUUGUGCAGUUUUAAUUUGAAUGUUAUCUUAAUAGUAAAUGUAUAUCAAUGUAAAUUUUGCUUCUGCCUUGUCAGAGCAACUCUAAGACCUUUCUGUUCUUCUCUAAUACCUCUCCUGUAGUAUGCUACUCAAAGGAUGAUUCCCACCAUUGGGAAGGAUUGCUUUUCUGUAUUUUUAGAAUGUUUUUCUUUUAAGUUUUGCAGCCAGUCUCUGUUGGACUCCUUGCUGGAGCAGGACCCAGUUCACAAAAGCACAGCAAUUCUUUUAUGGAAUUUCAAUUUAAGAAAGAGGCUGAGGCCUUCACUCCUUAACUAUACAACAGUUUCUGUCAAGGUGUGCUUUAGCAAACCAAGGUAGGAGUUGUGCUGUCUUAACAGCAUUUCAUAAUCUCUGUGCUAAAUAUUCUGCAAAACAUUUACAGUGCUUCUAAAGGCAGAAGUUUUUCUCUCCUUGUAGGCUGUCUCAGAACAGCCAGAGAAGGUUCUGAACCACUCGUACUUUUACUGCUGGUGCUCAUCUCUUCACUGCAGCAGCUUAUCUUCAGGUCGCAUCUGAGAGCACAGAAACGCUUGGCAUCAUCUUUGCCUCUACCAAGGGCUUGCUCCAAGGUCUCCUGCUGUUCUCUCUGAAGAACCCAAACCAGCAAAACUGAAGAGCAUGCCUGCUUUCUCUCUGCUUUUUAAAAAGAUAAUGCCUCUGGAAGGUCAGUGCUCUGCUGAAAUCCUCCCUGCCAAGGCUGCCUGCCUCACCUUGGGGUGACUCGGAGUGGCAUUUCGGAAGUUGAGGCUUGUUGGAUCAUUGGCAUUCUCAUCCAGGGUUUGCUCCAAAUUCAGUCCUCUGCUUUGUGACAGUUUGAUUAUUAAUUACCACAAAAGAACAAUCCUAAUAGAAAGCAACAUUUUCCCUUUUUGUCUUGUUAGAAUCCUAAUUUACUACUUUUUUUGUCCCCACAGUUCAGAAAGAAUUUCUGCUCUUUCUAGCUGGUUGUUUUCUC